UCCUAAAGCCGCGCCGCGCUCCUCAACUUGUGAUUCGGCUGAAGAAAGGAAACGAUCCACGUGACACUCUUAUAAAGAUGGCGUCCGUUAAAGAGGAGAGUGAAGACGUUCACAUUGAAGAGACUUUCAGAGUCAAACAUGAAGAUCCUGAGGAACAAACCGACCUGAAAGAGCAGAGUCGAGAACUGAAUGAAAUGAAGGAUCAAAGCGAGAAAUGUGAUUUCAAAGCUGAGGAAACAUCGAUUAGUUGCUCGCCAGAAAACGCAAGCAUCAAUUUCCGUGACACAGUUUGCACCGGAGACCGGCCUUUCACCUGCCAGCAGUGCGGAAGAAGUUUCAAAAGGAAAACCCACCUUAAUGCCCACGCGACGAUUCACACCGGAGAGAAAGCGUUCUCCUGUCAACAGUGCGGGAAGGGUUUCACGCGCAAAGAAAACUUCAAGACUCACGCAAGAGUCCACGCCGCGGAGAGAGCGUUCACCUGCCGACACUGUGGGCAAACGUUCAGCCGAAAAGACAGCCUUGAUGCGCACAUGAGAAUUCACGGCGAAAGGAAGCCAUUCGCGUGUCGUCGCUGUGGAAAAAGUUUCACCUGGAAAAGCCACUUUGACGCGCACGCGAGAAUUCACACCGGAGAGAAACCGUAUGUCUGCCAGUUGUGCGGGAAGUCUUGUACGCGUAAGAACCAGCUCAAUAUCCACAUGAAGAUCCACAGCGGAGAGAAGCCGUUCAGGUGCGCCCGCUGCGGGAAGAGCUUCAGGUAUAAAUCCAAUCUGACAACUCAUUGCGGGAAGAGCUUCGCUUACAACAUAAGCCUUAGCAACCACGUGAAGACCCACUCCAGAGAAACACUCCAAUGCCACCUAUGCGAGCGGAGCUUCACGGACGCCGGUCGCCUGAAGAAUCACGUGAUGGCUCACGCCGGCGGAGAGGCCUUCGUGUGCCACCACUGCGGGAAGAGCUUUUCUAGGAAAGAUGUCCUCGGCAUCCACAUGAGGGUUCACACCGGAGAGAAGCCGUUCACCUGCCCGCAGUGCGGAAAGAGCUUCGCGUGCAAAGGAAGCUUCAGGAUUCACGUGAGGGUUCACACCGGAGAGAAGCCUUACAAGUGUCCUCGGUGCGAGAAGAGCUUCAGGUAUAGAAGCGGCGUGAACCUUCACGUGCGGACUCACGACGGGAAGAAAGCGCCAUGA